GGGACUUGGCCGGGUUUGUGAUUGGAAGGGGGGUACGGAAGGGGGGGGGUGUGCGGGCUCUUUUUGCGGGUGGGAGGAAAUGAGCGGAUACAGAGAGGGAAGAAGAUUUUUUUUUAAAGAGUUUUGAUUACAAGUUUGGAUAAAUGGGAGCCAGAGCGAGGAGGAGGAGGAGGAGGAGGAAAAACAUGUCUACGUUUCCCUAUGUCGACAUAAGCCACAAAAAAAUAUGGCGUCCGCUUUCGACAGGGCGUUACGUAGACCCGACUGUUUUUAUUUAUUUAUUUCGUGGCCGUCUCCCUCCCUUCUUGGCCAAACUGCGGCGCUUUGUGCAAACGGGGCAGGUCCCGCGGGGACUCCACCGGGACGUGGCCCCGUCUCCGCGCGUUUUGGCAGGCGGGGGGCUGCGUGUGUUUGCUCCCCUCCCUCCCCCUCUCCCCUCGCUCCCCUCUCCCGGUGACGAUUCGCCGUAAUGUGGUGGCAGGAAGCAUGACGCCGUGGGCCGAGGCUGCCUCUGCUCUCGUCGCUCCCGGCGGCUGCAGGCAGCGGGCGCGCAGCGCGGGCGGCAGCCGAGCUACCUGGCGGGGGCAGGGCCGGAGCGCGGCGCUGUCCUCACCCCCGCUCAGCCGCUUUGCAGGAGGCUGCGGAGACGAAGAUGAGCGGAAAGUUGGAAACCAGCAGGCAUCACAGGACGGUCCCUUUGGCCUCGUAGCUGUGCUGAGCCUGGGAGGCGGAGGAGGAGGUGGAGGCGGCGGAGGAGGAGGGUUUGUCAGGCUGGGGAGAAAACUUGAUGGGGAAGCCAAAUUGUGAUUUGUUCAGGUUUCCACCUGAUUGAUAGUCUUCAAAGCCAGUAGGUCUCUACCUUCAACUGUUUCGCGGUGGCCUUUUGUUUGUCUGGGGCGUGGAGAAGGAGAGAAGUCGAUGAAUAAGGACUUUCCCUCGACCCCUCCCCUUUUAAAGAGUGGUUGCUCAACUUGGCCCCCUGGGACACUGCCUUUUGGGCCCUGGAGUUCUUCCCCAACCUGCUCUCUGAUCACUUUCUCUCUGUUAAGUUACCAGAUCCCCAGGUCUCAGGCAGGCCCCGAUGAGCAGAAUGGAGUUAGGAGGAGAGGAUUCCUUCCCCAGCACUUCUUGAAUUGCCCAGACCUCCCACAAUUACCCUCUUAAAAACACACACACACACACACACACACACACACACACACACGCACGCUUACUCACUCUCUCCUUUAUAUAUGGCAGAAAUUAAUGCCCGUAGAAGUAAAGGGGGUGAGGUUCUGAGAGCUCUUCAAGAUUUGAGUCAAAAGGUGAUUUUCUGUUUAUGAGGGCAGCGAGUUUAAGCAGUUCACUCCCAGGGCAGUAAUGUCAAAAAGCGUUUGGAUGACGACCAAGUGGAAUAAAUAUCUUGUAAAAUGGCACGUUUAAUAGUAAAAAUAGAUUAAUGGAGCCGUCAAGUGGUUGAAUGGGACUAGCAUAAAGGUUUAAGUUUAAAGGGAAAGUUACGUAAAGCUGUAUACACAGCUUCUUUUAAGGCCAGAAGGGAAAAAAAAUCUACAAGUAAGGUUGAAAUGUGUCACUGUCAAUAAUUGAACUGGUGAUGUGUGGAAAUAUCAUCGCUGUUUAAAUGCUCUGUUCCGCGAUUGUUCUCUUGCGCACUUGUACCUUUCC